AUGGAUGAAAAUGCACAAGAAACGCACGCUCAGGAAAAAGCCGAGCACGUGAGCUCCGACGACGAAUCAUCAUCCUCAAGCUCCGGAUCAGGUUCGUCGUCGUCGUCGUCGUCGUCUUCAUCUGAUUCUGAGACGGAAGAUGAAGUUGAAGUAGAAAACACAACUAAUGAGACUGAAGCGAAACAAGACGCUCCUUAUGGAGGUGUCACGAACCGCACAGGCAAUGCUUACUCUAGUAAUAAUACUGGACCACCACUAUCUGCUCCUCGUCCACAUGGAAUGGCAGCUAAUACGGAAACGCUAAACGUGAAUUCAACGCGAGCAGCGGCACGAUUUAAAGCUUCAGAGACCGAGUCAAUGAUGCCUUUGGGUACACGGAAACGAGACCGACGUACAAUUGAAGAGAUUCAAAGAGAUUUAAGGGAUAAAAGAAAGAAACCUUUGGGUACACCAGCUGCAAGAUCAAGUCCGCCACCUCCAAAUCGCUCGCCAAUGCGAUCUUCAGAUACUGAAGCCGUCGUAAAUAGUGGAGCUCCAAUGGCUGUGGGUGGCCCACUGAGUCAGUUUGGAACUGCAGGUCGUCUGCCAAUUAAAAGGAAACCAGUGUCGGCACAUGAUAGAUUGGCUAUGAAACUUAAUGGACGAAAAACGACACAUGCGAAGGCCAAGAAGACAACCACUUCGGUUGCUGCUGUUGGUACAAUACCACCAGUGUCGGUAAUGACAAACAAGCCGGUGACUAAAGCGGUGACUGCAAUGAGCUCGAUGCCACUGCUUACAGGAAAUAGCAGCAGCAGUGACCAUGGAGGGGACGCUGGAGGUGAUGGGUACAGUAGCAGUGUUAGUAGAUCAUCCCAACCGGCAGUGGAUGGCAAAGUGGUGCGUGCGAUGUUGCGCGCAAUGCUUCGCUAUGGAGAUCUUACCGACGUGGGUCUCUACCCGACGGCUGGAAAUUUUGCUGACGAGUACAAAAUGCCUAGCUUCAUUGAGCGAGCGAAUUUGCAAACAACUACAAAGAUCUCCAUCGAUAGACUGCACACACUUGCAAAUGAAGUUGCUCAGAAAGCCAAGCAGGCAGUUGAGGCACGACCCCCGCAAGACAACAUUAAGAUUGCUGAGGUUGAGGCAAAAUCAACGCAAAUCAUUGAGCGUCUUUACGAGAACUUAAAACUUCGCAUCGCUGUUCAGCGCGCAUUGCGCAUUGCAGGGUGUUCUUCAGGCAACGCACAGGCGAAUGCUCAAGGUGCUUACGUAUUAAUGGCAAAACAGAGCGAUCUUUCUGUUUUAGGUGUUAACACACGAGACCUGCCUAAUUGGACCUGGGCUGAAAAAGAGCACGACUGGUCACAGCGCAAGGAUGCUGCGCUGCUACUUGGUGUCUACGUUCAUGGAUUUGGAGGCUGGGAAGACGUGCUGAACGACGAUUUACUUCAUUUCCAGGGGCAACGAGCCCUGAAGGGCGAGCGUCUAAAGAAGCGGGCUGAAAACUUACUGAAGCGGUUGCCACCGCCUGACCUUCACGCUGGCGAUCCACGCAUUGUGCAGCAAGCGAGCUCCUUAAAUUUUGCGUGUACUAACUCGGGCCAAUCGUUGGGUGCACAGUUUAGUGCAAUCAUCCAGAGUGGAGCUAUUCCCGGUGUGACAGCUUCAACUCCUGCUGUUUCAGCUUCUGGAGGGGGUCGAAUGGCGCGUGCAGCAGAACGAUUUGCUACGCGUCAACAGAAUGGCGAAGAAGUCGCAGGUCGACGCUCUGUUGGCGGGUCGGGAAGCCAAGGAAUGGAUGAUGGUAGGCAGCAGAAGGUACUGGCCACAAGAUCUCCUGCACAAAGUAGUGUUGUGGAUCGCGAACCUGAAGAUGGCGAAAUUGGUGGCGCAUCGUCAUCCCAGUCAACGUCGUCACACCGCAAAAGACGAUCGUCAUCUGGAGAUCAGACCUUGUCUCGUAAGAAACACCGCAAUGGCAGCAGCAAGAAGGAAAAACGGAAGAAAGAGCACCGGAGGAGUGACUCUAGUAAGCCAAAAGCUAACCUGGAGACCUCCGAGGUGGUGGUGACACAUGCGAUUGCAGAUGUAGCUCCAUUGCCGCUACUCUCUGUUGACGAGUGCUAUGAAAAGUGGAAACCCAACAAGAAGUUGUGCGAAAUUCGACAGGUACUCAAGAAAAUGAAGAUAAUGGCCGAGUGGUCCCGCAACCACAAAGACGAGACUGUGGUUGAAAAGGUGUAUAAGUAUGUGAGUACAAUUGGGGAAACAAUCGAUCGCGUCGUAACGCAGCAUCAAGACCAGGCCGAGCCCGACCAGUCAUCCCGCGAAGUUGAUGAACUCUGUACGUCCUUGUGGACGUAUGCAGCAGGGUUCACGCCGUUUACGCCGCUGGGCUUUGAGCGUCUAUACGACGAUAUUUGCGCGGAUGCGGACGCUCUCGUUGCAACAAAGUCAUGA